UCUAUAUGGACAUAAAUGGUAUUCCAAGCACCAGAAGAUGUGUCAUAGGGAUCUAAAUCCUAGCUAGUUCUUCAGAUCUUUUGAAAAUCUCUAGCUUGUAUGCAAAAUGUUGCUCAAAAUUUUCUCUGCUUUCAGGCCAAAAUUGAGUCCAUUCGUCUGGAUUUCAAGGACUAGUGCGAGCCAUAGAGACCACCAUUCUAUGCUGCACAAAAUCUCUUCUUCUCUUAUGUUCAAAACAGCUUUCUCGCAUUUUCAUUUGGCACUUCCCCACACCAGAAAGCCACAAGAAUGUUGUUGCAUGCUUACAGAAGUAUAUUAUCAAGAGAUGUUGAAGGAAAAUCCUGACAACCCACUCCUGCUCAGAAACUAUGCCAAAUUUUUACACGAGGGGACAUUAGCAAGGCAGAGGAAUUCUAUGGAAGGGCCAUUCUGGCCGGUCCUGCAGAUGGAGAAUUGCUGUCACUAUACGCCCAACUCAUAUGGGAAACUCACAAAGAUGGAGACAGAGCCCAAGCUUACUUUGAUCAAGCGAUCGAGGCUGCCCCUCAUGACUGCCAUGUAAUUGCCUCGUAUGCCAACUUUUUAUGGAACUGGGAGGAGAGCGAUGGUGAUGCAUGAGAGCUUCUCCCAACAAAUGCUGCUGUUUGAAGUUUUGUUAAAAACAUCAGAAUGUUUUAAUUUUUUUGGAGUUGAUUAGGUCAGGUUAGAUUCUUUGAUAAUUUUGAUUGACUGGAUCUUCUCUUUAUAAGAGUUUACUAAAAAGAGGCUUUUAGUAUAAAUAUAUGAAUACUUAGCCUGUUGUAAUUUGCUUAGAGACAGAAGCGCCAAUGUCUAUAACCUUGUAAAGAGACUCUUUAAUAUAAAUGUACGGAUACUGAACACUUUAUGAUCUGCUUAAAAACAGAGAUGUCUAUAUCUGUAUAAUCAUAUAAAUACAUGAACAGUACAUUUAGGUUUCUGCUUUCACGGCAGGCCUUUCUGAAUUUUACACCCGAAUAUUAUAAGGUGAUUAGGCAGUGCUGCCAUGGACCAGAUCCGCCUGAGAUUUCUCAGUACAAAGUAUAUUGAGGCCUAUCAAAAGAUGGAAGUAUAUCAUCGAGCUUUAAAAGGUAUAACUAG